AUGCCAUAUCUUCUCAUCAACACACUACUCCGCCUGGUGACGGGUCCAACAAUGGUUGGUGAUGAAUUUUCAGACCCAUCCAUAAUAAACUACUUAGGAGCCAGAAAGACCAACAAAUUGGGGAACAACUUUUGGGAGUACCAUGUGGACGAGCCUCCCCGGGUGGUUCUGGACAAGCUGGAGAAGGUGGGCUUCUCUGUGGUGACCAUGACAGGCGUGGGGUAA